AUGACUGGCUGUAAUGUGGAGAAAAUCUUAGGAAUUGUUAAAAUUGCAUCAAUCACGGGACAAGCACAGGCCAAUGCAACUUUUCAGUUGCUCAAAUUAUGGGACGUUAGUGAAGACAUUAUAGGCAUGUGCUUUGAUACUACUGCUGCCAAUACUGGGACGUCAAGUGGAGCAUGUGUUUUGCUGGAGAAACUGCUCCAUAGAAAUCUCUUGCACUUUGCUUGUGGUCAUCAUGUACAUGAAUUGAUAAUCGGUGAAGUUUUCACAGUUUUGUUUGGUCCAAGCCGUGGCCCCAAUAUUGGAAUGUUUGAAAGAUUUCGAGCCUACUGGCCAAAUAUAAAUCAGUCAAACCACAAGCCACUUGAUGAUGACAGGAUGAACCACUCAUUGCUACAGAUGAUGCGGUUUGACAUAGUACCAUCUUUGACAUGUUUUCUUUCAGCUGACAGCUCAUACAUCCCACGAGAGGAUUACAAGGAGUUGGUUGAACUCUGUCUCUUAGUGCUGGGUUAUCCAAUGCAGACUGAUGGCAAGUACCAUUUCCGUGUUCCUGGAGCAUAUCACAUGGCCAGAUGGAUGGCCAAAGUGAUCUACUGUCUCAAAAUGUAUUUGUUCCGCAAUGAAUUCAAGCUAACAGCAACUGAAACAAAAAGUUUAACUGAAUUCUGCCUAUUUGCAACCCAUAUAUAUGUGCCAGCAUGGAUGUUGUGCCCAAUACCCAGUGAUGCACCUGAUCUUCCUUUAUUUCAAAAAGUAGCAAAUGUUGUGAAGUCACUUAAGGUCGUUAAUGACACUGCAGAACGCACUGUGGCACUCAUGACAAAUUUUAACCAGUCUAUAACCAAAAAUGAAACAGAACUGCAAAAACUGAUACAGAUUAACAGUACUGAACUUUCGUUUGGCAUAAUCAAGUUGCCUUUACCUUGUGAGAACUGUUUGUUUAGUGUUGAAUAUUUUGUUAUUUUGAGUAUAAAUUUGUAG